GCAUUACUCAUCGCAACAAGACCAGGUAACGCCGGCUUCCUGGACUUCAUUUCUUACCAGGCUCUCAAGUGACUGUAUCUUCGUAACCCCGAUAAAUAUUCCGAGAAAUAUUUGUCCGUCCCUGCAUAGAUGGUAUCGGCCGUUGGUGUGUUCUUCCUCCUCUGUGGAAUCAGCGGACUGUUUACUGAAGCUAGGCCUUGGGGUCUUCUUCACAACUACAAUUUGCGAUGUCCUAAAGGAUGGACUCAGCUGGAGGAUCAAUGUUACAUCUUCCAGAAUAUAAACAAGACUUAUGCAGAGGCCGAGAACAUCUGCAACGUGUUUGGUGGCCACCUGGCCUCCAUCCACAGCCGGCUGGAAAACAGCCUGGUCAUUGAACUGGUGCAGGAGGCGUCUGCGGACUAUGCCUGGAUCGGACUCUACGGCGCCUUCAAGGACGGCUCCUUUUUGUGGACUGAUGGCUCCGAAGUAGAUUUUGCAGACUUUGCUGCAGAACUGUCCUACAAUGUUUGUGGUGCGUCAAGAUGCUGAUGGAGUUUGGGAUAGUGACUACCUAACCAAUAAGAACCCGUUUGUUUGUAGCAAACCCGUGUACUACUGACCAGCCGGCCCGCCCUAGGGCUUUCCUGCCAUCUUCAUGAAAAACCUGACGCAACACCAGACCUUUGUGUUUCUCAAAGUCCUUUCUUCUUUGGUCUUCUUCCACACACGUGUUGGCUGUUGACGAUGUUCAAAUGUUGCCGGAAACUUUGCUAGCAUGAUGGCAACAAUGUGACCUUUUAGCAAGUUAUUUUUCUUUAUUUCACAUCUCUCACGGAAAUGACUGUUUUACUUUCUUCUAAAAUGGCAGCUAAUAGUUGGCUAAUUAGGUUAGUAAGCCGGUUUUAGGAAUGCGGUAAUUAAUCAUAGCAAUGUGCAUGCUGCAGAUAGAGGUAGUCCUCAACCAGUUUCUCAGUACGACAGAGAAUGUAACCCUUGGCCUUGAUGGGUUUUAGAUUCAUUUGGGAUGCGACGAUAUACCGAUUUAUAUCCCUAAAAUUCAACUACAUCAAUCUGCGCUCGGCAAGUUUGCCUUCCGGAAGAUAGGUUUCGAUUCAACGUUGUUUUACAAGGCAAUGGGUCGAUCUUAUCAAUCCAAGGAAAAGGAAAACAUUUGCUUGAAGAACGGCGGACUUUUUAUGAAGUUUAACACGUCUAAUGACAAGGACGCUAAACCUUACUCAAAUCUGUCUGCUCAAAACAAGAAUGGCCGAGAAAGGUCAGAACACGCCAGAAGACAAUACCGUACAUUACAACACAACAACUUUCAGCCACAGCAUGGUUGCAAAAGCCACAAGAAAGACAAACGCCACAAGGAUCUGUCUUGUCCCUUCAUCACUUACCUUCCCCCCUUGGCCAUAUCUUCCAGAAAUUUAACUUUCACUGCUAUGCUGAUGAAACCUAGCUCGUCUUCUCCACCAAACCCAAUGCCACACCUCCUCCUUAUUUGGAAAACAUCCUGGUUCGCCUCAAUCUCCCUCAAAUUAAACAGGAAUACAACCAAAGACCACUCUUUCCGGAGUCAACAGUUUUGCCCGGACUAUGGACAGCUCCCCAGUGAUGGUCAACCCUCAGGUUAAGAGUCUGGGUGUCAUCCUGGAUAGCAUGCCCUCAUUCCAGUCUCACAUCAACAUCACUCGCUCUGCCAUCUUCACCUUGGUAGUAUCAACCGUCUGCGCCCUUCUCUUACUGUCCAUGAUGCCUCUAUCCACCUUCCCAGUCUGGUCACCUCUCGCACCGUAACGUCCUUCUCUUUGCCUCCCCCAGAAGUCUAUAACUCUGCUGCCUGAAUCAUAGCCAUAACCCCCUCAUCCCAUCCUCCAAGAACUUCACCGGCUUUACCCCUCCUUAUUUCCCCGACCUCGUCCACAUCGUUGCUCCAGCACAUUCCCUCAGAUCCUCCUCUCCCGUACACCUUGUGUGCCAUCAACCCGUCUCAUCACCAUGAGCUCUCAGUCCCUCUGCUCCCCAACUAUGGAAGUCUCUCCCACCUGACAUCAGCAAUAUUAGCUGCGUUUCCAUCACCCCUAGAAAUGCGCAGAACCUUCAUCCAUCCAUCCAUCUUCUUCCGUUUAUCCGAGGUCGGGUCGCGGGGGCACCAGCCUAAGCAGGGAAACCCAGACUUCCCUCUCCCCAGCCACUUCGUCUAGCUCUUCCCGGGGGAUCCCGAGGCGUUCCCAGGCCAGCCGGGAGACAUAGUCUUCCCAACGUGUCCUGGGUCUUCCCCGUGGCCUCCUACCGGUUGGACGUGCCCUAAACACCUCCCUAGGGAGGCGUUCGGGUGGCAUCCUGACCAGAUGCCCGAACCACCUCAUCUGGCUCCUCUCGAUGUGAAGGAGCAGCGGCCUUUACUUUGAGUUCCUCCCGGAUGACAGAGCUUCUCACCCUAUCUCUCAGGGAGAGACCCGCCACACGGCGGAGGAAACUCAUUUGGGCCGCUUGUACCCGUGAUCUUAUCCUUUCGGUCAUGACCCAAAGCUCAUGACCAUAGGUGAGGAUGGGAACGUAGAUCGACCGGUAAAUUGAGAGCUUUGCCUUCCGGCUCAGCUCCUUCUUCACCACAACAGAUCGGUACAACGUCCGCAUUAUUGAAGACGCCGCACCGAUCCGCCUGUUGAUCUCACGAUCCACUCUUCCCUCACUCGUGAACAAGACUCCUAGGUACUUGAACUCCUCCACUUGGGGCAGGGUCUCCUCCCCAACCCGGAGAUGGCAUUCCACCCUUUUCCGGGCGAGAACCAUGGACUCGGAUUUGGAGGUGCUGAUUCUCAUUCCGGCCGCUUCACACUCGGUUGCGAACCGAUCCAGUGAGAGCUGAAGAUCCCGGCCAGAUGAAGCCAACAGGACCACAUCGUCUGCAAAAAGCAUAGACCUAAUCCCGCGGUGACCAAACCGGAACCCCUCAACGCCUUGACUGCGCCUAGAAAUUCUGUCCAUAAAAGUUAUGAACAGAAUCGGUGACAAAGGGCAACCUUGGCGGAGUCCAACCCUCACUGGAAACGUGUCCGACUUACUGCCAGCAAUGCGGACCAAGCUCUGACACUGAUCGUACAGGGAGCGGACUGCCAUAAUAAAACAGUCCGAUACACCUACAAGUUGAAAAUGUCCACUUUAGAUAUGUUAAAAAUACUGCUUUUAUUUUGCGGAAAACUGCAAUAGCAAUGCAGCUAGUGACUCCCUUCAUGCAUUCCAAUCCAAAUCACAAUUGCAUCCUCGCUGUAACUGCAUGCCGCUGCACUCCGCGAUGAUUUUAUCACUAUUUAUUACUUAAUUUAUCCGUACAUGUCGAUUUAAAUGAUCUUAUCCGUAUAUUGUGAAGUGUUCUUGUUUCAUUUGAAAGGCACCUAUAAAUGAAAUGUGUUGUUGUUAUUGUUAUUAUAUAAAGCCGCAGCACAACUUUAAGCAACAAAGGACAGGAUGGGGGUGAAAGCGGACGGACUAACGUCAACAUAGUAUGAUAGUAUUAUUGAAAAAAGUUACAAAAGUUUUUUACGACUGAAAAAGUGCUCACACUUAAGCUACUUUUCCAAUUUCGCACGUUGCAACUUCCGUCUCAGGAAGUCGGUCCGUCACCCAAACUUGUCCCUUGUCACUUAAGUUGUAUUUUUGUAGCCGUGUUUUGCUUCUCCGUGUUGAUACUUUUAUUAGUAGAUUGCACAGUACAGUACAUAUUCCGUACAAUUGACCACUAAAUGGUAAAAACCCCAAUAAGUUUUUCAGCUUGUUUAAGUCGGGGUCCUGACGAGUCUUUGGCUGCAUUUUAUUUGUGAUAUUAAUAUUAUGUUGAAAAACAAAUGCAGAAGCAACAGGUCAUACUGUACUUUUGUUAAAAAACUCUCAAAUCUUGCUCUUUUUAAGUCAACCUAAAAUGUUGGUUGCACUUUAUUCAAAUAAAACAUGAAUUUAUUGGCCA